CCCCCACAGACAUGCGCAGUUUAGAAAGCCCCCAUGCAUAAAUAACACAGCUGACGGGUGGGCCGCGUCACAGAAAAGGCACAGGGGACGCCCCGUGGCAUGGCAGGGAAGAGCAGCAUGGGGUCUGGUGGUGGCACACGGCACACGAGUAGGCAGAGUGCUCCGAGAGUGUGCCCACAGCAGCAGUACUGGGACAGCCUGGUCCGAAGAUGUGUCCCGUGUAGCGCCAUGUGCCACCUGCAGCCACCGCUAAGAUGCAGCCGGUUUUGUGAGUCACUGAAGUGUACGAAGGCGGCAGACACUUUCUACGAUGAGCUCCUGCGGCGCUGCAUUCCGUGCUCACAGCUGUGCGGGCAGCACCCAAGUCAGUGUGGGGCACUGUGCCAAGGACAUGCGACUGGUUGGACGCCAUUGCGCCAGCUGGUCGGGUCCAAGGUGGUGAAGCCCAUGGCUGGCGAGGAGCACCGACUGCUAGUGGCCUCCCUGCUUGGCGUGGGCCUCGGCGUCCUCAUCUUCAGCCUGUCCAUCGCAGUCGUGAUGCUGUGGCGCCUGAGCAGGCGGGCGGCACCCAGGAAGGAGACAUCCGGGCAGCCACCAGAAGGACCCCCCACAGGUCAUCGCCCAGCUAGUGACCCAAUGGCCAGUAAAAUAAGGUGCUGUAACAGAAGAUGGCCACUCAUGGAGGACCCCGGGGUCCGGCCGCAGAGCCCCUGCUGCGAGAGGAGGGCCUGGCAACCUGAGCCCCAGCGAGCCUUGUGCGCCACCUGUGGGAGAGCCUCGCACUCGGUCAUCUGCCCCGAGUCACCUGUUUAAGGUCACCUGCCUGCGCCUG